AUGGCAGCUGCAGAGAAUUUCAGCCACGAAGCAUUGCUUCUACUCCCUUGCACGCUUUCGGACUCAUUUGCUUCUUUAAAAGCUGCAUACCAACCUGCGUUGUCAAUAAUUCUUGCCGAACUUUCUAGUCCUAUCAAAGGAACCAGUGUUUCUGGUCGUUCCUGGAAAACGGUUUUCUCUCUUGAGACAAGAGAAGGGGAUAUGAUCCUUAAUGCCCUUACCACGACAGCAAAGAGACAAGGGCUUUCAAACCCAGUCUCCACUAUUCGGAGACUUCCUGGCAUCCCAGAGCUACAGAUGCCGACAAAUACUUUUGAGCAACCUGACUUGCGUCCGCGACGCCAUUAUUCCGUUGCAGUUGGCGGGACUUUUGAUCAUUUGCAUGUAGGGCACAAACUCCUGCUCACGGCGACCGCCCUUGUUAUUGACGCAGUGCCAUCGGGGCCUGAGCCGAUUCAAAGGACCAUCACCAUUGGUAUCACGGGAGAUGAGCUGUUGGUAAAUAAAAAGUAUGCAGAGUACCUAGAAAGUUGGGAUGAUCGAUGGCAGGGUGUUUGGACAUUUAUGGAAUCGAUAAUAGAUUUUUCACCGCCGUUUGCGGAUCGAGCUGCUACUCAAAUGUCGACCAACAGAAUCGAGCACGUUCACUAUCCCGGACCAAAUGGCAAGUAUGUCCGUGUGCGAGUGUCAUCGGACUUGGAUAUUAAAUUCGUUCAAAUUUCUGAUCCAUUCGGUCCCACUAUCACAGACGAAGCUAUAAGUGCUUUAGUUGUGUCUAAGGAGACUCGAUCGGGUGGGAAGGCAGUGAAUGACGAACGGGAGAAGAAAGGCUGGUCAAAGCUAGAGAUUUUUGAAGUUGAUGUUUUGGAUAGCAGUGCAGCCGAAAUCCAGGGAGAGGUUGUUGACAAUUUUGAGACCAAGAUAAGCAGCACAGAAAUUCGUCGACGCCAGAUGAACAUAGCUAAGGGAAAUCUAUGA